AGACCUCAAGGUACAGUUCCAGUUUCUGACGUAAAAUCAACAAAACAAGCUAAGCCAGUUAAAACGGAGACCACUGAAAAGCAACCUCAAGCCCAACAAGCACUCCAGGAGACUAUUGACUAUUGAACCCAAAGAAUCAUCAAACCAAAAGACCAGCAUGAAACCUAAGCCCACACAAGUGAAGGCAAGAUACUUAGAACAGAAGCCGCCUACAGAGAAGCUGCCCCCAAUCCAGACGCCUCAGGAGGGGAGCCAACUGGAGGAGGCAGUAAAAUAUGAGCUGACCAGCAAGCAGUCACGCGAACUCAAGCUGUUCCAGGCAGGGGACAUGCAGGGCAAGCUGAAUACCCUUAUUAUGGAGAUAAUGGAGUUCAUAACAGAGGUGGGCCGACAACUGCAGGGUGACAAGGGUGAUGAAGAGGGUAACAAAAUUCAGGCAAUGAAAGCGUUCACGUUCGAGCAGCAGCAAAAGAAGCUUAAGGAGACAAAGGACGCGAAAGAGGAGGAAUGGGGGCACAAGAAAAGUCAAGUGUUCUUUUGUGGGCAGACAGCAGUUACCAAACUGAGAGAGGCGUUCGAGACAUUGUACAGCUCCCUUAAUCUUCAUGUAGGCCUUACUCUUUUGAGAGAGAUUUAUUUUAUAAAUAAUUGUCUCGCGUUCUGAGAAAACUGGGCAUA